AUUAAUCAGCGAUCUACGUUUUUGAUAAAACAAAUAUUGCCAUUAACAGAACCUUUUAUGGUUACUAUAUGAAAAAAAAAGUUUUUUUCCUCAUAAGUAAUUACCUGUUUUUAUACAGUCUAUUGUAAUUACUCAUGGCAGGAGAAUAACGUUGUCAUUCUAUGCUGACAAUUAUUUUUAGUCUGUGUUCGGAUAAGGAAAUUUAUUUUCUCUUAAAAUUUGUAUUUGUUAUUCAUAAAUGAAAGUGAAAUUAAUUAGGAGGCAAUCACGUGUUUGUAUCGUUGUAGUAGGGGGAGAGAUAUCCAGAGUACGUACUACAUCCGUGAUUAGAUGAACAUGGCGCAGGGCAAAUAGGCCAUCGGUGGACUUUAAACAAGAGGAAAUUUUGGGAUAACUUCGACAUCGUAGCAUGCACGUGUGAAAUGAUCUCAAUCUCGAUAUACUGGACCACUUGUUCUGCUUCAUUGAUGACUACGAGGCGACAGAUUGAGUGCAACACAUCCAAUUGCAUUCAUAAACAUUUCUAUAGGACUUCAAACCCUUGAGCAUUCAGUGUUUGGAUAUUUAAACAAAGAAUCAUUGUUUUAUUGUGGAUGGCAUCCUUGCACGACCAAAUGGCUGCAACUGGAAAAGUCAAACGGAGUAAAGAUCUGCCCCAAGGCGUUGAGAGGUUAAAAGAGGAGCACAAAAAGGUGGUGAAAGAUUGCAGAAGUCAAAUUGAGCACUGGUGGGUGUCCUCGUGCAAUUUAACAUGUCUAGUUUCAGACAUGCAUUACGUUAUUAUCAAUGUAUCAUGUCAGUGUUUCUCAGGCUGGGACUAUUCAUUGAUGCAUGAAAAAAGUGGAAAAUGACUAUGAAUCUCUUCAAGACCGCCUCAGGACUUUGCCUGACAAGUUGUCUUAUGAUAUUAUGGUACCAUUUGGACCCUUGGCUUUCAUGCCGGGAAAGCUAGUUCACACUAAUGAGUUAACGGUGCUCCUCGGGGAUAACUGGUUUGCAAAGUGUUCUGCCAAACAAGCUAAUGCUCUUGUGGAACACAGAAAGAAACAUGUCAAAAAUACACUAGAUGACUUACAGAAAGUGAUGAAGAACUUUCAGAACAGAGCCGACUUUACAGAUGAUCUUGAAAAAUUGACUGGUGAUACUGGAGAUUUUGCAGACAUUAGAGAAGUUAUAAAUGAGGAAGUAGUCACCAAAGGAAAACAUCGUCUGGCCCACAAACCCAACUCUAAACCUAAACAGGAGUAUUUGUUGGAGCUGGAGGAGGACAAGGAGAAGAAAGAAAGUGAUGAAGAGAGAGCGACAGGGUUGCUGUCAGAGGAGGAGCUGUGGGUUCGACUUGAUGAACUAGACCGUCAGGAGGAGCUUCAAGAUGAGAGAUACCGAUUGGACAGCACAGACACUACUUCCUCCUCAGAGGAAGAGAAGGAGGCAGACGGAGGCAGUGAUGUCCAGGUUAAUGGCCAUCAGAAGGAAAAUGGCUGGGUUCCAUCAUCUAUCACAGGUCAGAUGAACGGCACUAAUGGCUCGCACCCUGAGGAUGAGGAGGAGGAAGAUUGUGAUGAGGAAGCAGGCAAUGGUCUUCCAACUAUCUACUUUUCUCAUACUGCAGAAUUCAAAAAGGUCAGGAUAAAUACAGGCAAGAACACCACUCUAAAAUUCAGUGAAAGAAAUGAACAAAAGGCGCAAACCAAGAGAAAAAAGCAAAGUGGCAAAAGCAACGGCCAUUCUCCUCAUGAAAGUUACAAGAUCAAAAGCCCAGCGGACAUUUAUAGGGUGUUUGUGGACUUGGUAAAUGGAGAGCCAAAACCACGCAAGUCCAUUUUGAAGUCCCGCAGCCGCGAGAACAGCGUGUGCAGUGACACCAGCGAGAGCAGCACAGCUGACUUUGAAGAGCGCCGUGCUGCUUUUGGACGCUCGUGGAGCCAUGAUGACGCCACACACAGUGAUACCAGCGAUGGCAUCACAGAGGAGGAAAGCCCCACUGGAACGAGCCCCCGCACUAAUGGACGCUUUGAGGCUUUUACAGGCACAGUGAUUGAAAAGGAUCCCCUGCCUUGCUCCAUCCCACACCUGACCAUCGCUCCUCCUGCCCUACCCACAAUCCCUGAGAGAAAGCUGGAGGAGGUGGGCCCCGAAGCUCCUCAGGAGCCACCUAAGAGGAUGUCCAAGUUUAAAGCUACACGGUUGCAUCAGAAAUGAGAGAUCAUCUUAUCAGCACACAGCUUCUGAAUUCGGUUUUGUACAACAGUAACACUUAUAGAAUAACUUUCUCAAUGGCUGUCUUAUCCCUCUGUCCUCCAUGCUAUACUGUCAUCUAUUUUUUUUUUCUUUUGUGACAUGCCGUGCACCCUGGAAAUGUUAUUUGCUCUAUAAGAGUAAUUCAUGGAGAUGAUCAAUGAUUUCCCUGAUGUUUGCUGCUUUUUUUUAAUGCCAGAUUUAUUUAAAGAGAUAUUUCACCAGAAAAUGAGAACUGUCAUCAUUAACUUUCCUCUUUUCUUCUGUGCAACACAAAGAAGUUAUUUUGAAGGAAGUCGUUGUUCCACAGAAGAAAGUCAUACAGGUUUGGAUUGUCAUGAGGUUAAUUAAAUGAUGACAGAAUUUUCUUUUUUGUGUGAGCUACCCCUUUAAGUUAUGAAAUAGUUGCACGUGUUUAGUUUAGGUAAAUAAUAGUUCAAAUCUAUUGGAAUAAAAUAAAAUGUUUUCAGAACAAACAAAACGGUAGUGCUAGUAACAUUAAGACUACUGUCAUUGUUGUCACGUGGUCUAUGAUGUGAUUUAUUUUGGAAAAUGCUUCUUCACAGUUUAUUCUCAUUUUGUUAAUUCAUGACUUAUGUGCAACUUUGACCUAUGGUGGCCAUGAAAUAGCUGCCAGUUCUGUCAGCUUAAAAAAAAAAAAAUCUGUCCCUUCUUAA